AUGAAGUACAUGACCAGCGAUGUCAACUCCGUGCUGCUCGUGAAGUCAUCCCUUCGCCCUGUCUCCGCAUCACUGGUGUGGCCCCACGAAGACGACCGCAGGCUCGCAGCUAUUGUUCCAUUUUCUACAGAAAAUAAAGCUGCACGAGCCAUUGAUGAGCAUGACUGGUCCCUAGAGGCGCUGAACGCCUUCCAAAAAGUCCUAUUGAGUUUCUCUUCUGAGUCGAUCCAGGUCCCUGCCACUAUCUGGGACACCGUCCCGGCCAGACUGGCACAGAUAAACAACUGUGCUGAUCCAGGCAAAAAAGUGGUGAUGAAGGUAAGCCUCGCCGACCAGGCUGUAACGCUCACGGGGCCAAAGGUGCAUGUUUCUCAAGUUGAAACGGCCAUACGAGACUUCAUCUCCAAAGAGGAAGAGAAAUAUGCGAAGGAAACAGCAGUUGUCCUUGGUCCACCCAUAGAGAUGAAGCCGCUGGAGCUACAGCAUCUCCUUGAGACCGGGUACAUCGAAGCCGUGACGAAGAAACACCGCGUGGAAGCAGACACAGCUGGACGUCUCGUUUUUAAGGGGGUUUCCGCGGCCAUCAGUGCCGCUAUAGUCGAAGUGUACGCAAAGCUGAGGGAAAUAUCAACCAACCAGAUCCCUGUGUCAGCAGCAGAGGCGUUCUUACGCUUCGUUACCAGAGACCCGUGGAGGUCGUACAUCAACAAGUGUCUCAAGAAUCAGCGGAUCCAAGCUCACUGGGCCGUCGAGGGAGGAAUGCUCACCAUUGUUACAGAAUCAGAGGACGAAUAUCUCAAAGCAGUGGAUCGGUUCAGGAGCACAGUGACGGAGACGGAAAUGCCUGUUUAUGGUCCAGCCCUGAAGGUCCUCGACUCGGAUGAGUGGACAAGUUUCCUCUCUACCAUUCAGGACUCAUUUUCGGGACCUCUACAAAUAGCUGUCAAUAGUGAUAAGGAUGUGAAACGUGUGUUGAUCACAGGUCCGUCUGAGAACGUCAACAUGGUGAAAGAGCAAACCGACAAGUUCUUAAAGAACAACACUGUACUGAAAAGCAUUGUGGAUAUGCCAGUCGGUAUGGUGGAGUUCCUGCAAAAGAUGAAGAAGGGGGCCAUAGACAAGUUACAGGGAAGACUUCAGAAGGGCAAGGGCUACAUCACAGCGACUACAGAUGGUGAGGUGGCGGGAUUCACAGUUGUGGGGACCAAGGAUGGCAUACAACAAACAGCCAAAUAUAUCCAGCAACUGCAGGGCAGCGUUACACAUCAGCAACUCUCCAUCCAAAACCCAGGGAUGAGAAAGUACUUUUCACCCGGACAACCUGGAGACGAAAAGCUGAAGUCCAUAAGUGACAUUUUCAACUGCAUCAUCAAAACACACCAGGAGAAGAAACCAGACGAUAGACAUUGCGAGCCCUUAAACCACGUUCUCCUCCCUCGAAGCAGAAAGCUGCUUGUCUUCAAAGAAGAUUUGACGAAGCACCACGUCGACUCCAUCGCGAAUGCGGCAGAUAAGAAUCUCAAUAACAGAGGUGGUCUUGCAGAGGCAAUCAUAAGGGCAGGUGGCAAGGAGAUCCAGGAUCACUGCGACCGAAUCAUGAAGGAUGAGCCCAAAGUCUUGAUGGUUGGUGCCGUGAGGGUCACUGGUCCUGGCAAGUUGCCGUGCAAGGCUGUUAUCCAUGCUGUCGGGCCAAAUUUUCACGAGAUCAAAGACGACAAGAGGUCUCGAGAUGAGCUGUUCGAAACGGUCACUAAUGUCCUGGCGAUGGCAUCGCGAUGUGGCUUCAGCUCUGUAGCGAUCCCUGCUAUAUCAUCCGGCAUAUUUGGUGGUCCACUGGACCUCUGCACCAAAACAGUAGUCAGGGCUACCGGAUUGUACUUCAAGAGGAACAAGGAGAGCACCGUCAGUGAAGUCCACUUCGUUGGAAUCGACAUGGAUAUCGCCCAAUCGUUCAAGAAGGCCUUACGUGAGACAUUCGAGGAGUACGAAGGAUGGAAUCCGGAUUCAGAGUCCCAGGAGACAAGUCCAGAGUCGAUCGUACUACCACCUGCUGCAGCGCGAGGACCGCCCCCGUGUCCGCCGGAGUACGGUGAGCACCUGGUAACCCCGAGCUCCUACAGCAUGUUCACCAACCAGGGACUGAAGAUCACGCUCAUCAGAGGCAGCAUUUUAGAUCAACAGGCUGACAUUAUUGUCAACAUCAUCGGCCCAGAGCUGAACCUAAGGACUGGUGUGGUUUCCAGGGCGCUCCUGGAGGCAGGCGGACUCAAACUUCAGACUGGAGAAAUUCCAGAGGUCUAG